AUGAAGACGAAAAGAGGUCAGAACUAUUAUUACUUGAAGUGGAAGAAUUUUGAUGAAAGUGAAAACACGUGGGAGCCCGAGUCUCAUUUGGAUUGUCCUGAGUUGAUCUCUGACUUCCUUGCCAACCGCCCACCGAAGCCUGUCCGUAUAUCGUCGUCAUCAGCGUCGAGGUCCAGACGUCGUCUCACGCGAAAACGUAGUGAAGAAGACGAAGAAAAUCGUCAACCAAGCACUUCAUCAACUCAACUGGCACAAGAUCAAACGCAUCCAUCAUCUGGGAGACGCCCUAGAGUCGAAUUGGAACAAACAGGUUAUAGUCGAGGUCAAAUACCUGAAAAAAUAAUGGGUGCCACAGAUGUUCACGGCGAGUUGAUGUUUCUGAUCAAAUGGCAAGGCAUUGAAAAGACGGAGUUGGUGCCAGCACGUAUAGUGAAUACAAAGUCAGCACAAAUGGUGAUCAAGUUCUACGAAGAUCGUUUGACGUGGGCAGAUCAAAAUGUGGAAGAUGCUUGA